AAUUACAGGAGGAUUCUCCAGUCACAUGAAUGUUGAAGGGAAAUAGCUGAAAAAGAACUGUACAACAAAAUACAACAAUAAAAGACAACAAAACAAAGGAAAGGUGCAGUAAAUGUAGAUAAUGGUGCACUGCAGAAUUGACUACGAAAAUUGAAACACUUUAAAAUGGAGAAUUUUAGACUUAGUGAGAAUGGUGAUGUUAAUGUGGUUAUAAAACAAGAACCAAUUGAUGAUGAUGGAUUUAAUAUUACCCAAUGUAUCAAAGAUGAACCUCUAGGAGCUGGAUACAAAAGUGAAAAUGGCCUGGAUAUAUCUAAGAAACAUGAAACUACAGUGGUCACCACAACUGUGCAUACAUAUAGACAGGAAACUAUAACAAGUAUCAAGAAUGGUGAAAAUACCAUUAUUAAAGAAGAAUAUGAUGUUCACAGUGAAGAAGGAGAACAUUUCUCAAGGGAAGAUCUUCAAACAAAUCAGAUUGCUAUCAAGCUAGAAACUGAAGAAAUGAAGGAUCACUUGAAUCCCAAUGAAAUUGAGUUCAAGGUGGAAGAUAAAGAAGAAGGAGAUGAAGAUACUAUCUUCGCAAAAGAAGAAUAUGAUGACCUUGAUGGCUUUGAUGCUGUAGAACAGAAACAGGACCAUGAAGAACUCAAUGAUCAUCAAAUAGAUGAUGACAACACUGUGCUCAGUGAUGAUACCAAUGAUAUUAACAAUGCCAAUGUUCAACAAACUGUGAAGAAGCAUUUUGAAUGUCAAUUUUGCAAGAAAUCCUUUACUAGGAAGUAUCGUCUUGAUAAGCAUUUGAUAAUUCAUAAUCCUAAUCUAUUUCAAUGUGAAGUUUGUGAAGAGUUCUUGAAAACUUCCAGUCAACUUAAAAAUCACAUGUUAAUGAUGCAUCCUAAAAGCAAUAGGAAAUGUUUCAAAUGCCAAUACUGUUAUAAACUGUUCAAAAUUAAGCAAAAUUGGAAAGAGCAUGAAACCAUUCAUACAGGAAAACCACACAAAUGUGACAUCUGUGAAAAAACAUUUGCUAGAAAACAAAACUUAAAGAGACAUGAAGCUGUUGCACACACCAAGGACAAAGCAACAAGUACAAGUAAGAAAGGAAAUGUGGAUAAUAUUGCUCAAUCCUUUACUAGGAAGUAUCGUCUUGAUAAGCAUUUGAUAAUACACAAUCCUAAUCUAUUUCAAUGUGAAGUUUGUGAAGAGUUCUUGAAAACAUCCAGUCAACUUAAAAAUCACAUGUUAAUGAUACAUCCUAAAAUCAAUAGGAAAUGUUUCAAAUGCCAAUACUGUUAUAAACUGUUCAAAAUUAAGCAAAAUUGGAAAGAGCAUGAAACCAUUCAUACAGGAAAACCACACAAAUGUGACAUCUGUGAAAAAACAUUUAAUAGAAAACAAAACUUAAAGAGACAUGAAGCAGUGGCACACACCAGGGACAAAGCAACAAGUACAAGUAAGAAAGGAAAUGUGGAUAAUAUUGCUCAAUCACAACCUUACGAUGGUAAUGAUAAUGUCUGUCUGAAUACAAAUAAAGAUAUUGGUGGUCUACUUGAUGUGAAAGAAGAAAGUAGCCCAGUCAAAGAUAAAUCACUUAUCUGCUGUGGAAUAACGUUUAGCUCAACUAAAACCUUAGAAGUUCAUAAAAGAUUGCAUAGUAUGCAUAAAAACAAAACAAAAAAUACCAGUUUGAAAUGCCAAUACUGUGAAAUGACGUUUGCUGAAAUGAAUUUACUAAAAGAUCAUGAGAGAAAGCACACGGGAGAAAAACCUUUCAAAUGUCAGUUUUGUGAAACAUACUUUAGAACAAGGAAAAAUAGAUGUGACCAUGAAAAAAAUAGAUGUUACAUUGGGAAACCAUUCAAGUGUGGACUCUGUGGUAAAGGAUAUGCUACCUUACCACUGUUAAAAGCCCAUGAAGAAUACAUGCACAUUAAAGAAAAGCAAUAAAGUAAGUUCUUUAAACUGAAUAUUAAUGGCAAUUAUGAAAAGUAAUAAUAUAUACAGUAAUAUAUGUUUAUUGCAUGGAAUAUCAUGAUCACCAAUUUGAAAAAGAACAUUUCUAAGCAUGUGCUAUGUGAGCAAUCAUUUAUCAGUUGUAAAUUCAAAGAAAAGUGGGUUUGUAUCAAUAACUAUUGAUGAAGAGAGUUUAAGACUGUUCAGAUUUUUAUAUUGACUAGAUUUAAUUUUUGCACAUUAAGGAUCAUAUACAGGGUGGUCAAAAAAAUGCCAACCCUGACUUUUCCUCAUAUCUUUGUUGUUUUAGGAAAUUACUCCCUGAUAUCUAGCACAUUUGUACAUCAUUCAAUUUCUUACCAGCCUAUUUCAUAACCAUAGUCACAAUAUCACAGCAUUUUGAACAGCAUGCCCCAGAUGGCCACUUUUGGGCUGUCUGAACUGGUCUGGUAUUCAGAUGAACUCCAUUUCCAACUUGAUACCCUGGUAAACUCUAACAAUUGUGUUUUCUUGGGGAGCCAAGCACUUGAUGAAGUGUAGGGGAGAGGCACCUUCACACAGACAGAUGCACAGUUUAGUUUAUACUCAAUACAUCCUUUGCCUUUGAAGAUGCUAACAAAAAUGCAACUGUCAACAUCGAACGCUAUAUUGUGAUUCUCAGGAAGUUCUGGGAGGGGGGGGGGGGCUUUAGGUAAACUCAGGGGGAUCGAUAGUCAG